AUGGCUCCCUUGGACUCCAGACAGUUGCUGCUCGCCUCGAUGAGCGGCCAGAUGAUGUGCCUCCCAGACCUUUGGCCGUACUUCUGUCAUUGGCCCACCGGUGUGAACCCAGGACUCGAUCGUUUGCGGAAAGACGAAAGUGAUUGGCUUGACGCAAACAUCCCUUCACCAAGGCUCAGAGCAGCAUUCAAGAAGGCCGACUUCAGUCUGUUGGGUUCUGCAAGCUCUCCCUGGGCAUCCUAUGAACGGCUUAGGAUUUCCUCGCUGCUGAUUGUCUGGACCUUCGUGGUUGAUGACGAGCUUGACAUGGAGGACUCAUCCAUGGUGGAUGAUCUUGAGGCCUCCAACAGAUACCGCCAUGAGCUUAUUGAGCUUGUGCGCGAUCGCCUUGGGCUCUCCGUACCUAACGCAGAGGACACUGCAGGCACAGUAUACGCCAGCCGCCUGGCCAAUGACACAGGUUACAGCCAUAUCAUCGAGAGCUUCAAUGAGAUCGGCGAUGCAAUCCGGAAGGAAUACAACAUCGAGCAACGGCAACGGCUGUUCGACAACAUCAAGUUCUAUCUGGACAUGACCAAAGAGGAGCAAUGCUCCAGAUUGAGCGGUGGUGUCCCUAGCCCUGAGGAGUACUGGACAUUCCGUGAUGGCGCCAGUGCUGUGGAACCAUGCCUUUCCAUGAUCGAGUACCUUGCGAAAUCAAAGGGACUCCCACGCCAAGUGUUCGAUGAUCCUGACAUGAAGAAGCUGUGGACUCUGACCAACAUCAAUGUGUCUUGCGUCAAUGAUAUUUUCUCAGUCAAGAAGGAACUGGCCGGCUUGUCGAUUGCGAAUACUAUUCCAAUCUUUUACGCAGAUGCUUCAGAAAGCAGGGAUCCCCUCGGAGCCGCGACCCAACGCGCGGUAGCUCUGAUCAUCGAUACCAUCGCCGGGAUUGAUGACUUGGGCGACAAGCUCAUGCUUCGAUACGGCACGGAAGAUCCAGAUGACCAGUUGACAAAUGACUUGCAAACCAUGAUCAAUGGUUGCAAGGCCUGGUGUACGGGAAAUCUGCACUGGAGCUAUGAGACAAGACGGUAUGGAAAGCUAGGCGAGAAGCGAAACAAGGACGGAAGCCUUUUCAUUCAGUUGUGA